UGAAACAGCGACACUGUUACCUAUAAUCUAAAUAAUUAUCACAAAGCGCUAGAAACAACUAUUUGAUCAAUGAUGUUUCCUAAACAGGGAGAGGUUGCAAUAGGUUGUACAAGGACUCGCCGAGUUCCAGGUCAGUCUGAGUGGCCGAAAGACAAAGUGGUCUCUAUUUAAGCAGUGGAAGGGGGGACGCUUGGAGGCACAAAUCGGCGGGCAGAUCCAGCUUUCUCCUUUCCCCCCCACUAGCGCAAUUUGAGCUUGAGAGCGCAGUAGCCCCUGCUGAGUGAGGCGGCGGCGAGGCAGGGAGGAGCGACGCAUUAGGCCGCGGAUGAUUAUUGGAGCGCUGCCCACAGAUGUCUCUCUCUCUCUCCCCCCCUGCCUGGGGUGAGCGCGCUGGGCGGGCGAGGCGCCGCUGGCGGGACAGCAGUUUCCUUCCAGGAUGCUCCCUGCACGGACCCAGUGGCUGCGGCGGAGAAGCGGGACCCAACAGCAGCAGCUCCUGACUUGAGCGCCAAGUGAAUGGGGCGCCCCAACAACACCACGCCGGGGCUGCGGCUGCUCAGGCCUCCAACAGUGAUUGGUCAGUUCCAUACCCUUUUCUUUGGCUCAGUUCGAAUGUUUUUCCUUGGAGUUCUGGGCUUUGCAGUUUAUGGAAAUGAGGCCUUGCAUUUCAGCUGUGAUCCAGACAAGAGGGAGGUUAAUCUCUUCUGUUACAACCAGUUCAGGCCCAUAACUCCUCAGGUAUUCUGGGCAUUACAGCUAGUGACGGUUCUGGUACCUGGAGCAGUGUUUCAUCUUUAUGCUGCAUGUAGAAACAUCGAUCAGGAAGAUAUCCUCCAAAAGCCCACCUAUACUGUUUUUUAUAUCCUCUCUGUUCUGUUAAGGAUUGUCCUUGAAGUUGUGGCUUUUUGGCUUCAAAGUCAUCUCUUUGGCUUCCAAGUGAACCCACUCUACAGGUGUGAUGCAGGAGCCCUUGACAAAAAGUUUAAUAUUACCAGAUGCAUGGUGCCAGAACACUUUGAAAAGACAAUUUUCCUCAUUGCUAUGUACACUUUUACAGUGAUUACAGUGGUGUUGUGUGUUGCUGAGAUUUUUGAGAUAUUAUGUAGGAGGCUGGGUUUUUUAAAUAAUCAGUGACCCUGUUGUCAUAGUGAACUAUUCCCACUUAUGUGCCAUCGUUCUCACUGUUGUGCAUGGUGGGCUUUUUAUGAACAAUGGAGAUCUUAGUGUGAAACAAAGACCACUUUUUGUACACCUCUGCAAUUUUGUAUAGGAACUUCCCUUACAUGAGCUUUUUGUACAUUACUGUUGUAAAAUAUAUAACUAAGGGCCAGAUCCAAAAGAUAUUUACUUGUGUGAAUAAUCCUUACUCACAUGUAUAGAUUGAAGCCAAUGAAGCUACACAUGUGAAUGAGUGCCACUUCAAUGCCAUUUAAAGCAAUUUGGUGGGGGGUAGGGGGAAUGAGUUGGGGUUUUGUUUGUUUAUUUGUUUUUUGUUGUUUUUUCCCCUGUCAAGGUUCCUCCCCCACUCUGAACUCUAGGGUACAGAUGUGGGGACCUGCAUGAAAAUCUCCUAAGCUUACUUUUACCAGCUUAGGUUAAAACUUCCCCAAGGUACAAAUUAAUUUUAUCCUUUGUCCUUGGAAUAUCCACUGCCACCACCAAACUCUAACUGGGUUUACUGGGAAACGUAGUUUGGACACGUCUUUCCCCCAAAAUCCUCCCAACGCUUGCCCCCCACUUCCUGGAAAGGUUUGGUAAAAAUCCUCACCAAUUUGCAUAGGUGACCACAGACCCAAACCCUUGGAUCUG